AUGGCACCAGAGGUCUUACCAUCUUACGGUGGUCUGAUCCCCUUGUCAGAUACCAGUGCAAUCAACGUUGAUGCUCGCCCGUUGCUUCUUGCGGUCCCGGUGUGGUGGUUGGAGGCCUUACUGUACAAAAUCCGUGCGGCGGUCAACUGUGUUGGGAUUGGGGAGGAUGGGAUGGAAUUUGACCGUGUGAUUGAUUUCGUUCUGCUAGACCGGCACUGCUGCAGCUACUCCGCCAGUCAAGCGGAUUUGUCGGCUAUCCUGCCAGGACAUGUGGCCGUUCUCGAGUGCAUGGAGGAUCAAGAGGCGCAGGUAGCUAGGGGUCAUCGGUUGUAUCGAGAUCGGGCGUUCGUUUCUGCUCCCCCAGCGGCAGAUGAAUGA